AGUUGCUAGUUGAUAAUAUCAUUCCACCCCCCCAAAAAAACAAUGAGGCAAGAGUCACGAGGCUGAAAUUUUCGACCAGUGUUGCGAAUCAACUUGGUUGAACAAGUCUAACCCCGAUUUAAACGAUCACCGAGGUGACAAUUUCUGAACCGAUUGUCCCGGACUUUGACAAACCUCGAAAUUACUUGAAACUCUAAUCUUAAAUCCGAACGCGCAGUAGAUGGUCCUUUGCCCACAAUGGAGUAACAUCCUAGAACACAUGGCGCAGCCUCACUAGUACUAAUUGCAUGCUUAUAAUGGCUAGUUUGAAAUUAAUCAGAAUUAUAUCAACAGGGAUCCCAGUACCUCUGGAGUUGUCUCAUCUCCAUGUCGCUAAUCCUAUUCUGCCUAGUCGGAAGCUUCUUCCUCGCUCUCUUUAAAGUCUUCAAUUCGCUACUGCGACGACCGCAUGGCAUUGAUCUCAAUGGACCCGACAGGGGGAAUUGGCUAUCAGGCAACAUUAUCAGACUGUUUGAUGGCGUUGACUAUUGUGUGAACCUUUCAGAGAAAUAUGGUGGGGCGGUGAGACUCCAUGGGCUAUAUGGCGAAAUUGUCUAUGUGUCCGAUCCACGUGCAUUGCAUCACAUUGUAGUCAAAGACCAGCAAAUAUUUCAAGAGCCCGAAGACUUCAUCGUGUCAAACAAACUUGUAUUUGGCGAAGGCCUGAUAUCCACCAUUGGAGAGCAGCAUCGCCAACAACGCAAACUUAUCAGUCCCGUGUUCUCAACGUCAAACAUGCAACGACUCCUCUCCACAGUAUAUCACAUCACUGAUAGACUGGCAUCCACCCUCGCAGCUAAACUUCCUGCCGAUGGCUCACACAGCGAGGUUGACGUCCUUACAUGGCUCUCCCGCUGCGCCCUCGACAGUGUUUGUCAUUGUGUCCUUGGGUACACCUCCGAUAGCCUCUCAGCUGCAGAAGAUGACAUGUACACUGAAGCACUGCGGUCGGUCGGGCCCUUAAUAGGAAAUCUCUGCUUGUUACGGCCGUUUGUACUAAUCGUCAUGCGUUGCUGCUCGCCGUACUGGGCAAGGAAAGUUCUUGAUUUGGUCACGGCGCCCUGGAUCCCGACAAAGUUUAUGAGAGACAUACGGGAGAUGCGCCGCAUUGUUGAGACCAUGGAUUCUGUCAGUCGAAAUGUAUUUGCAGAGAAAAAAGCGGCAAUGGAGGCGGAGGAUAUGUUAUGUGGAGACAGUGAUUCGAUACCAUCGAUGAUGGAUAUCAUGCUUAAGGCCAAUUCCGCAUUAUCUAGUGCAAAGCUCACGGAUGCUGAACUGCUGGGACAAAUGAACGUCAUGGUAUUUGCUGGCCUCGAUACGACUACUUCUGCACUUGCCCGCUGUGUGUACUUGCUCGCCCAGCACCCUCGCGUUCAAGCAAGACUUAGGAACGAAAUUAGUGAUGUCAUGAAGUUCUCGAGACAACAGGAAGACAACGACAUCCCAUCCGCUAAACUGCCCUAUGACGUCCUCAUGAACCUCCCCUUCCUUGACAGCAUCGUAAAGGAGACUCUCCGUCUCUACCCGUCCCUCCCACUCAUGAUCCGAACAGCGACCAAAGCAACCACCCUUCCUUUACAUUUCCCCACACGCUCACGGUCCGGUGAGCACACAUCUGCCGUCACAAUCCCACAGGGGACCCAUGUAAUCAUCUCCAUCCUUGCUGCGAAUCGCCAUCAAGGUAUAUGGGGUGCCGACGCAAAUGAGUGGCGGCCCGAGCGAUGGUUGUCAUCACCUCUGGCUGUUCCUCCAGACACGGACAUCCUGGCCGGUGGAGAAGAUGCCAUGUCCACGUCGACAUGUGCGCCUGUUCUGGGCAUUAAGGAUGGUGUGCGGUUUCCUGGCGUGUACUCUAACAUGAUGACGUUUCUCGGUGGCAGCCACUCCUGCAUCGGGUUCAAAUUUGCCGAAAUGGAAAUCAAACAGGUCCUCACGACGCUUGUGCUGCGCCUGCACUUCUCGCUCCCGACGGAGCGGAAUGCACAAGGGCACGUGAAGGAGAUACAAUGGAAGCUCAGGGGGUUUCAUAUCCCUGUUGUGGAGGCCCCUGCUGGGGAUGGCGUGACACCGCAGGUGCCUCUGAAUGUGCGGCUGGUGAGGGACGAUGAUUUUGUGUGGUAGGUUACGAUAUGUUAGAGUCGGGAGAGGCAUCGUGGACGGCCAGUGGGACGCAAGUUGUUAUUGAACCUCAUGGUAGGUCUGACGGUAGGGAUGAUCAACAAAUAGAGAUCACAUACAACAAACUCGUCUGUCGCGGCUUGUCUUGUAAAAAAAAUUCUGUGCGAGUUUGCAUCCACUGUAGAAUAUUUCUUUUGUGCAUCACUAUAUAGUAUAUUGUCGU